AUGAUUAAAAGUGGACGUGGAAACCAAAAUUGGAAAAACGCAGCUGGGUACCUUGUCCUCGUGUUAUCCUACGUGCUUAUAUCGGUGCUGUUGUCAUUAUACUGCCUGAUCAGGAGGAGACGCAGAUGGACCGCAUCCGAUCCAAAAGAAGGAAAUGCUAAAACGCCAAAGCAUUUAUAUAUUGUUUUAAAAACGAGCGAUGUUAUUAUACUACGGGGGGAGAAGAAAAUUUCGCCGUACCUCGUGAAUAUUGCUAUGUUCCUGUAUGAGCACAAAGUGGCACAUGUGAGUAUCUACGUGGCUGAGUGCCUUUUGGACUCUGUCUUUUUCGAUGACUUGGCGUGUGGGUUGCACAGGCGCGGGUUUUUGAUGCGCGCCUCCGCAGGGGGGGGUCGCGGUGAUGCCGAUAUUGGCGGCGAUGGGGGUGAUGCCGAUAUUGACAGUAUUGGCGGCGAUGGCGGCGGUGCCGAUAUUGACAGUGUUGGCUGUGAUGGGGGCGACAUGGCUGACCCGCGCAACGCCGCUAACCUUUUCAACGGGGGUCAGCACGAAUUCACCGUCGUGAAGCGAGGCCCCCCGCAAGCGCCCCGCACGCUCCACCUAAAAUUCGUGAACAAAUCGAACUCGCACAACAAGCUCAUCGACGCAGCGGAAGGGAGCAACAUCACCUCAGAAGGGGAGGUAGUAACGAAUGCACUGCUCCAUCCCGUGUGCAAUAAAACAGUGGAAGGAUUAAUAAAAAAAGUUAUCGACUUUGACAAAAAAAGGUUAUUUGAAGAAAAGGGGAAAACCUUUCAGAGGAUGUGCUACGUUAUGUUUCUUCUCAUCACCGAAGUGAAACAAAUAAGCAUAACGCAGGUAAAACGAGUCCUUCCUUCCUUAUGCAAGAAGGUGGAGUGGAUCGUGACACAUAUUAUAAAACGUAUCACUUGUUUCGUUACACAGUUUGGGGUGUUAUACUCCCCAGUUGGCACAAGCGAAAGCAACCUUUGGGAAAAAAAACACACACAGAACUCGAGAACAAAAAUUUCAAAUGCUAACCCUACCAUGGAAGAAGUAGACAGGGAUGACUUCACAAGCAGCGAAAAGGAACCCGAAGGAGAUACAAAAUCAACACUUGUACUUAUGAAUGAGUUUUUAAAAAACUCCCCUUUGAAGGAUCAGCAAUCUGUUGACACCAUAAAGCAGCUAAUAGAGAAGAAUAUCCCUCUGUAUGUCCAACCCAUAUGUAAAGACAUUUUCGAAUUUUCUUUUAAGGACACAGAAGUGGAUGUGGUACUGUCCUUAAGGAUAGGACUUACUGAUUAUUUGGCUUACCUAGUUACAAGCUAUCAGAAUGGCAAAUCUGUAUCCAAGGAAAAUUUUGUGCAUUUUUUGAAGGACUAUUUUAGUUCCUUUUUUUUUUUGUAUAAUAUUAUUCACCCUUUUAACAAGGACGGGAUUCAGCCUUGGGUUUUGUCCAACGCGGAGAUUUAUGAAUUUUUUGAUUACAGCGUUGCGUCUGUGCGGCAGGCGCUGGCUUACUACGGCAGUUCCCAGCAGAGACACGGCUGCUGA